CUUGAAGAUUUAAACAGGUGGAGUCUACUACUCAUUUCUCCUUUUAUUUAUCCUGAUAAGUUACUUGAAGCAGAACGUAUAGCUUUUGUGACAGAAAGCAUUUCAGUUCAAACAGAUAACUCGCAGAAAAUACCUGGCUGUUCAAAAGAGGUUGUGAAGUGGUCAGAUUAUUGUUCACCUUUGGCCUGUAAACCUGGUGAGCCUUAUAAAUUAAUUGCUGAAGCAAGUAUUGAUAACUUCAGUAACCUUGGGAUAGCAUUCAUGGAAGAUAGGCUGCAAAUGGAUAACGGGAUGGUGCCACACAAGAUAGUUUCUGUCCACUUACAGGAAUCUAUUCUGAAGGAGUUGGGGCAGGUGGAACCAUCUGAAAAAGAUAAAAGCAUAUGCACUGCACAGAUGAAUGAAAUAACUGCUGCAGAUACUUCUGGAACUCCUGCUAAAUCAGAAUUAGAAAUAGCUGCAAAUCCAGGUGAUCCACAGUCAGAAGAGGAGGAAUACAAGCUAGAGCAAGUAAGCAAGCAUGAAGAAGAAUCCAGUAGUCUGUCUGACAGAGAGAUAGGUCCUGGAGAACAUCAUCACUUGCAUCUUUCCAGCUGUCAUGAAUGUUUGCAACUUGAGAACAGUACUAUUGAGUCAGUCAGAUUUGCCUCUGCAGAAAACAUUCCUGAACUUCCUGAUGAUUGCAGCAGCAAACCAGAAGAUAAAAAUGAUGAAUACAUAACAAGAGAAAUAAAAAGAGUAAACCUUGCUGGAAAACCCCCUAACAUCCUGAUUUAUGUUGGCUGUGAAGGUUCAAAAAUGCAAUUUGAGCAGGUAAAAUCAGUCCUUGAAGAAUGUGUUGAUGGAGAUAGCUACACCAUCUACCAUCUGCGUGAGGAGCAAGUUCUGAAAGAUCCCUGGGUUGAUAAUGCGGUACUGUUGGUCAUUGCCACAGAGGAGACUAUUUCUGAGGAAAAUCACAAACAGUUUAUCAAGUUUUUAUCUAAUGGUGGAAAAAUUUUAGGAUUUUCUUCCUCAUUUGCAUUUAAUGGUAUUCAGAUAAAGCGAAAGGACAAGCUGAAGACUGUUUGUGAAUUAGUAGUGUCUAAACCGGACAACACUGAAAUUAAGUUAGAUUUUUUGAUCAGUGGCUGCAUUUUUGAGGAAGCGAUGAAGGAAAACAUCAGCAAAGUGAAACCUUUGAGCCGCUUAAGUAACGCUGACAGAGAUCUGGUCAUUGUUCGCCUGCCUUAUGGAAACAGUGGAGGAGAAGCUGUUCUUUCCCAGGUGCACUUGGAGCUGGAUAUCAACUCUAUGGAUAUCCAAACCGAAGAGGAUUUUAAUUCACUUAAGAUAAGCAAUACCAAGAGAUAUGAAAUUCUGAAGGAGAUUCUGAUAUCACUUGGCCUGAGUUGUGAACUAAGGGAAAUUCCUAUGUUAACACCUAUCCAUCUUCUGUCCUCUGAUGAGGUAAGGCUUCUGCUUCUCUUGGGUUGGUUGAAAUAUAGCCUACAAG